AUGAGCCAACACUACCCCGAUGGGCUACCAGUGAGCUACCACUACCUCAAUGGGCUACCAAUGAACCAAUUCUACACCAAUGGGCCACCAGUGAGCCAACACUAUGCCAAUUGGUCACCAGUGAGCCAAAACUACCGAAAUGCGCAACCAGUGAACCGACACUACCCCAAUGGGCCACCAGUUACCCAACAAUACCCGAAUGGGCCACCAGUGAACCAACACUAUCCCAAUGGGCCACCAGUGAGACAACCCUACCCCAAUGGGCCACCAGUGAGCCUACACUAUCCCAGUGGGCCACCAACCAAUGGGCCACCAGUGAGCCAACUCAACAUCAAUGUGCCACCAGUGAGCCAACUCUACGCCAAUGGGCCGGCAGUGAGCCGACACUAUCCCAAUGGGCCACCAGUGAGCCAACACUACUCCAAUCAGCCACCAGUGUGCCAACACUACCCCGAUGGGCUACCAGUGAGCCAACACUACCCCAAUGGGCCACCAGUGAAGCAACACUAUCCCAAUGGGCCACCAACCAAUGGGCCACCAGUGAGCCAACUCAACAUCAAUGUGCCACCAGUGAGCCAACUCUACGCCAAUGGGCCGGCAGUGAGCCGACACUACCCCAAUGGGCCACCAGUGAGCCAACACUACUCCAAUCAGCCACCAGUGUGCCAACACUACCCCGAUGGGCUACCAGUGAGCCAACACUACCCCAAUGGGCCACCAGUGAAGCAACACUAUCCCAAUGGGCCACCAGUGAGCCAACACUAUCCCAAUGGGCCACCAGUGAACCAACACUAUCCCAAUGGGCCACCAGUGAGCCAACACUACCCCAAUGUGCCACCAGUGAACCAACACAAGCCCAAGGGCCACCAGUGA